AUAGCUUAGUUGAAUAGGAGAACAGAAGCGAUUGGUAUAAUGUUGACAUCCAUUUGGCACGAAAAGGCAGUUGCAAUUCGCUGAAGAAUCAACUUUUUUAAUAUAGCUUUUUAAAAUCAUCGUCCGUUUUUUCAACAAAUGACAAACAUUAUUCAUCAAACGUACGACAACGUUAAUUGCGAAGAUCAAUUUGUUUUUUCGCGCACGAGCUUCGUGUAUGUACACCGUAAAUUACGAAAAAGAGUGUCAAGUCGGUGUAGGAAUGUGGCACUUCAAAAUGGCUGCCAGUUACUUUAGUAAUUUACGGCUGUAUCUUUCUUUGUUGUUGCUGAUGUAAUUACGAUUGUGUAUCGGAAUAUCGGAGAAUUGAUUUAAAGGAAAAAUAGUGGAUCGAAAGUUCUACGUACACAUUACCCUCGUCACAUGGGUUUUGGGUAAACAUGUAUGUAUGUAUAUAUAUAUAUAUAUAUGUCACAGCCGGAUUAAAGCUAGGUCUCAGAGGGCCUAGCAUGGGCCACUAUGAAUCCACCCGCGGUUAGUAAAUCGAGCACUCGUGGCUCUGGAUACCAUCAAAAGGCAUUAGCUGAAAUUCGUAAUUCUUUGCUGCCUUUUGCAAAUAUUGGAGGAGCAGGUGAAGUAGGUUCCAGCGCUGCCAGUACUAUAUCUACUUUAUCGACAACCAGUGGCAUUAGUUCUGCCUCUGGUCUCAGUGGUCUCUCAGGAGCUUCGGGUUCUACUAUCGACAAGUCUGAUCAGCGACAACUAUUGGUACAACUACUAGCCAUGGGAUAUUCGGAGGAAAUUGCAUUGCGUGCUCUGAAGUUGGCCGGUUGGCGUUUGGAUGCCGCUAUAGAGUUUUUGAAACAAGCGCAAGGGGAAUCGCUGAAUGGACUUGGUAAACUUAACACCAAGCUUAUAAGGAAACCUAGUUUGGAAAGGGAGUUAAGUUUACAACGUGGUAGUCCUGCACUGGACAGUGGAGCAGGAAGCUCGCGAUCCGAUAGUCCUCGUUUGACAGAGCUUAGUCCGCACCCGCAGUUAAGUCGACAGUAUUCUCCGAGCAAUUUCGUAGAACGAGAACCACCUCCACCACCGCCGCCUAGAUGCAGUUCUACGCCCCCACCGCCGCCGCCACCUCACGCUCCGUAUAACCAGCCAAAUGUACCUACUAAUAUGCAGCAAAUGCUCAAACGCAUGUCUCCUGCUCCAGUCGUUCCUACGCGACCGCCUCCCACCGCACCUGGCAAUACCGGACCAAUUUCGACAUCAGUCAAUUUGCCGCAAAGAGGUACAAGUCCGGUGGCGAGCUCAAACAAUAAUUCGAAUAGCCGCCAACCUAUGAUCGUUCAAAAUGGUCCUCAAGUUCAACAACAGCUUUCGCAGCAAAUGCAGGCUCUCAGCAUAUACCAAACGAGCAACAACAAUUCUAAUACUCAAGUUGAACCGCCACCCCCGUAUCCCAUAGUCUCUUCUUCGUCGGCUGGUCCGGUACAACCACCAUCUUACAGUGUUUCUAUACAAAACAGGCAGAGUCCUACACAGUCUCAGCAAGAUUAUCGUAAAAGUCCUUCUUCUGGUAUUUAUUCCGGUCCGACAUCGGCUGGAUCGCCAAGCCCCAUUACGGUCUCCGCUAUAUCACCGAAUACUCAAGCUUCUAUGGCUAGACCGACCCCGCUGCAAGCUUGGGGUGCGCGACAGGCCAAAACGCAGCCACCAAUAAUUAUGCAAUCCGUCAAGAGUACUCAAGUGCAGAAACCUGUCUUGCAGACCGCUAUCGCGCCGACUUCUCCUCAACCUAUUUCGACCACCAGCAACACACCACCACCACCACCUCCGUCUUAUGCGUCUUCUAUUCAGCAAAAGCAACAGCAACCUCAGCAGCAGCAGCAGCAGCAGCAGCAACAGCAACAGCAACAGCAGCAGCAGCAGCAGCAGCAGCAGCAGCAGCAGCAGCAGCAGCAGCAACAGCAACAACAGCAGCAGCAGCAACAGCAGCAGCAGCAGCAACAGCAGCAGCAGCAGCAGCAGCAGCAGCAACAACAACAACAACAACAACAACAACAGCAGCAGCAGCAGCAGCAACAGCAGCAAUCGCAGCAACCACCGCCUGCGUAUCCACCGGUGAAUAACGUUGGCACGUCAUCUGCGAACAACAUAAACGUAGGUGUUUCGGUAGGAGUGCCAACCACAGAGCCACCAAGUUACGCGACCACUAUGCAAGCAUUAGCGGCACAACGUGGUAUGCAUCAUCCGCUUCCUCCUCCUCCGUAUGGGACACCCACCACCGAAGACUCGAGCGGAAUGUCCACGGUUGAAAAUAGCACGAAUCUUAGGUCGUCUCCCGUCGCACUGCAUCCUCCGUUACAAAGAAAAUAUUCACCCGCGGACAAUUGUCAACAUCCUAUUGAAACGCCGCCUCUACCUUCGGUAACAUCGACUUCCGUAACCACGAGGAAUAAUAAUAAUGGUAACAACAAUAACAGCAGCAGUAACGGUGGUAACAACAGCAGCGGCAGCAAUAACAAUAUCAACAACAAUAACAAUCAUUCACCGGAUAGCAACGGGGCUAAGGGAGGAGGUAGUUCGCCUUCGUCUUACAAGAUCAAGCAUCAAUCACCAAUACCGGAGCGGAAGCACAUGAGCAAAGAGAAGGAAGAAGAACGCAGAGACUGUAAGGUACGCAAUUAUUCUCCUCAAGCGUUCAAAUUUUUUAUGGAACAACAUGUUGAAAACGUGUUGAAAUCCCACAAACAACGAUUAUAUCGUCGGCUUCAACUGGAAACAGAGAUGGCUAAGAUAGGCCUUAGCGCGGAGGCGCAGUGUCAAAUGAGGAAAAUGUUGUCACAAAAGGAAUCGAAUUAUAUUCGAUUGAAGCGGGCGAAAAUGGACAAGUCGAUGUUCACGAAAAUAAAGCCAAUUGGAGUGGGUGCGUUCGGUGAGGUAACGUUGGUCAGAAAGCUUGAUACCAAUCAAUUUUAUGCUAUGAAAACUUUAAGGAAAGCAGACGUAUUGAAUCGCAAUCAAGUUGCUCACGUUAAGGCUGAAAGAGAUAUACUGGCGGAGGCUGACAACGAAUGGGUAGUAAAGCUCUAUUAUUCCUUUCAAGAUAAAGACAACUUAUAUUUUGUAAUGGAUUAUAUACCUGGCGGUGAUUUGAUGUCGUUGUUGAUCAAGUUUGGCAUUUUCAAGGAACCAUUGGCAAGAUUUUAUAUUGCCGAGCUCACGUGCGCGGUAGAAAGUGUUCAUAAGAUGGGUUUUAUUCACAGAGACAUUAAACCGGACAAUAUUUUAAUCGAUCGAGACGGACAUAUAAAGUUGACAGACUUUGGAUUAUGUACGGGAUUUCGCUGGACUCACAACUCCAAGUACUAUCAACAAAAUGCAGGUCACGGAAAGCAAGAUUCCAUGGAUCCCGCUGAUGACUGGAACAACGAAUGUCGUUGCAUUCAGUCAAAACCAUUGGAACGCAGAAGGCACAGAGAGCAUCAGAGAUGUUUAGCUCAUUCGUUGGUUGGGACACCAAAUUACAUUGCGCCGGAAGUACUACAAAGGACAGGAUAUACUCAGUUGUGCGAUUGGUGGAGCGUCGGUGUAAUUUUGUAUGAAAUGUUGGUCGGUUCUCCACCAUUCCUUGCCAAUACGCCCGCCGAAACACAAUACAAGGUGAUCAAUUGGGAGACGACUCUACAUAUCCCGAAGCAAGCAAACCUCUCUGCAGAAGGUAUGGAUCUGAUAUUAAAGCUUUGCGUUGGUGCGGAUCGUCGGUUAGGUAAGAACGCGGAUGAAGUAAAAAGUCAUCCGUUUUUCGCGAGUAUCGACUUUGAAAAAGGAUUACGUCGACAAGUAGCUCCUCACAUACCUCGGAUACAGUAUCCUACCGAUACAAGUAACUUUGAUCCGGUGGACCCCGAUAAAUUACGGAAUUCGGAGUCUUCCGAUUCCAAUAAAUCGGACGAGUUAUUAGAUAAUGGUAAACCGUUUCACGGUUUCUUUGAAUUCACGUUUAGACGGUUCUUUGACGACGGUGGUGGUCCUGCGUAUCCUAGUCGAAUAAGUUUGGACGAUAACGACAAUCAAGGUCCUGUUUACGUAUGACAGUAGGUUAAUAAGUUUUAUUCGUGGCAAAGAUGAGAUAAUGCAAUAUUUCACGUUCGAUCGGAAAAUUUUUUGUAAAUAUUGUUCAAAAGAGAUUAUUCUGGAUUAGGACGGGUGUUUGAGUGAUGCGAACUGUGAAAGAUUUUGUUAAAUCGUCGUCAAGGAAUGUAUACCGUACUAUAUUAUACAAGCUGAACAGAACGGCUGUCAUCAAAAACAAAAACCCUCGCUUUCGUUCCUUAAUUUCGAUAACAGGAUAUAUCGACGGUGUAGAGCCAUGUGUUUCGUUAUUUGUAUUCUUGUGUUUUAUUUUCCUAAUUUUUCCUGUACCUUUCUCAACCCCAUCUCCACCGCGACCACCACAUAUUUCAUAAUCAUCGAAUCCCAUGUUGGAAUCAUCUUCUCAGAGAUCAAAUUUUACGAACGAAACUCUAAUCGAUAAUACGACAGGACGGAGUUACACUUCAUCGCGGAAUCUAAAAUUUAUGGGCAUUUAUCGUGUGUUUAUGAUACAGUUUCUAGAAUUUUAUUAUCACACAAUGUGACACAAUAUAUCUUGAGUUAAGAUCUCGAGUUAUAAUAACUUUUAGAAUUUCAUGAAUUCUGCUAAAGAUUGUACGUACAACUUGAAAAAAGAAAGAAAAAAAAAAAGGAUACUAAUUCGUUUACAGCGAGGUAUAUGUAAUCUCGAAUACAAUUAUGAACGUGAUGGUCGAUCGAAAAAUAAGAAAGUAAACGAUCGAUGGUUAGGCAAUGUAUACUCUUGUGUAAUGUGUUUAUCGAAGAAAAGGUAUUGUGCUUGCCAUUCUUAUUGGAAUUGGCUUUCGUGCCUAUCGGAAACACCUGUUUGUAUGUUUCAGCAAGUACUGUGAUAUUGCAAAUAAUUAGAAUAAUGUGGCUUUUAAAUGUAUCGGCCUUCUUAUUUAACGUCUUUUUUUACAUUGAAUGCUACAACAUAUAAUAAUUAUUAAUAAAUAUUAAUUAUUAUUGUAUAGAUUCUUGAAUGGAUGUAAUGUGUUCAUUGCAUAUUUUAUGCAGCUUUCAAUC